AUGGAAUUCGGCAUAAGUAAAUGUGCAGCAUUGAUAAUGAAGAAAGGAAAGAUCAUGCAGAGCGAGGGAGUACGUAUUCCCAAUCAAGAAGAAAUUAAGUCAUUAGAUGAGGGGGACUCGUACAAAUACUUAGGAGUGUUAGAAUCAGAUGAUAUCAUGAGCGAAGAAAUGAAAAAGAACAUCAAGAACGAAUACUUGAGGCGAAUCGGGAAGAUCUUGAAGUCCAAACUCAAUGGAGGAAACAUCAUAACAGCAAUAAAUUCAAGAGCAGUUGCGGUCGUUCGAUAUAGCGCAGGAAUUGUCAAGUGGACAAAGGAGGAGAUGAGAAAAAUGGACAGGAAGACCAGAAAGUUUCUGACUAUAAACCGAUGUCUUCAUCCACAAGCUGAUGUUGAUAGGCUGUACGUAAAAAGAUCUGAAGGAGGAAGGGGAUUGAUAGGAGUUGAAGACUGUAUUGCCAUCGAAGUCCUAAGUUUGAGUAAAUAUCUAGAGAAAUCAACAGAAACAAUGUUGAAAGCUGUAGUGAAAGAACAAGGCCUGAAAGAACAAAGACCGAAUGCUGAUAACAUCAUGAAAGAGAAAUAUGAAAGAUAUAAAGCAAAGGAACUCCAUGGGAAAUUCAUCAGAGAUACUGAAGACGGAAGACACGGACUUACGUGGGAUUGGUUGAAGAAAGGAAUCAUAAAGAAAGAAACUGAAGGACUAAUAAUGGCUGCACAAGAUCAAGCCCUAAGAACAAAUGCCAUCAAAAAGUACAUCUAUAAAGCUGAUAUCUCACCAAAGUGCCGAUUAGUUGGUGUAAAGAGAGCUGAUAAGUGGUACGAUCACGAACCGGAGGGAGUGAUAGAAACAGAAAGGUACAAGAUCCUGUGGGACUUUAAGGUACAAACAGACCACCAGCUUGAACAUAAUCGGCCAGAUCUCGUGUUUUAUGACAAACAACAGCAGCCGUGUCAAAUUAUUGAUGUAGCAUGUCCAUUUGACACCAGGGUGGAAAACAAGAUGAAGGAAAAAGUCGACAGAUAUCAAGAUCUAAAGGGAGAAAUCAAGAGAAUAUGGAAAUGUAAACAAGUCGACAUCAUACCAGUGGUGAUUGGAGCCCUAGGAACCAUCCAUCGUGACAUGCCAGAAUGGUUGAAGAAGUUAGAGAUGCAUGAACUAAUUGUAAAGUUUCAACAAGCUUGUAUCCUAGGAACAGCAAGGAUACUGAGGAAAGUCCUUAACACCUAA